UGCCGGCGCCGGUGAGCCGGUGGGCGGCCGGAGGCCGGAGCGCUCGGCCGUUCCCGCCCGACCUCGGCCGUUGCCCGCGCGGCCGCGUCCUCGCAGCGCUGCCCGCUCGGCCCGCCAUGUGCCCGACUUCCCCGGCCGCUCUGGGGCUGCUGCUGCUGCUGCUGCUGGGGCUGUUGCUGCUGCCCGGCGAGGCCGCCCAGAAGCCGACGCCCUGCCAGAGCUGCCGGGAGCUGGUGGACAAGUUCAACCAGGGAAUGGUGGACACGGCCAAGAAGAACUUCGGCGGUGGGAACACGGCGUGGGAGGAGAAGUCGCUGUCCAAGUAUGAAUUCAGCGAGGUCCGCCUCCUGGAGAUCGUGGAGGGCCUGUGUGGGAGCAGCGACUUCGAGUGCAACCGCCUGGUGGAGGAGCACGAGGAGCUGCUGGAAGCCUGGUGGCUGCGUCUGAAGAAGGAGCACCCUGACUUAUUUGAAUGGUUUUGUGUGAAAACGCUGAAAGUUUGCUGCUCUCCGGGAACUUACGGGCCAGAAUGCCUUGCGUGCCAGGGCGGGUCUGAGCGGCCCUGCAGCGGGAACGGCCGCUGCAGCGGAGACGGCAGCCGGCAAGGGGACGGGUCCUGCCAGUGCCACCCCGGGUACCGCGGGGCUCUGUGCGCCGACUGCGUGGAUGGCUACUUCAGCUCGCUGAGGAACGAGACGCACAGCGUGUGCACAGCCUGUGACGAGUCCUGCAAGACGUGCACGGGCCCGACCAACAGGGACUGCGCGGAGUGCACGGCGGGCUGGGCCGCGGAGGACGGCGCCUGCGUGGACGUGGACGAGUGCGCGGCGGAGACGCCGCCCUGCAGCCCACAGCAGUACUGCGAGAACGUCGGCGGCUCCUUCAGCUGCGAAGAAUGCGAUGCCACCUGUGUGGGCUGCACGGGGAAGGGCCCAGGCCAGUGUAAAGAGUGCAUCCCCGGCCACAGCAGGGAGAGCGGCCAGUGUGCAGACAUAGACGAGUGCUCACUGCCAGAAAAGGCGUGCGUGCGGGAAAACGAGAACUGCUACAACACGCCCGGGAGCUACGUCUGCGUGUGUCCCGAAGGCUUCGAGGAGACGGAGGACGCCUGUGUGCCGGCACAGCCAGCGGGGGACGCAGCCACAGAGGACCGCCCCACACAGCUGCCCCCCCAUGAAGACUUGUGAGGCGCAUCGGGAGUCGGGAGCCAGACCUGCCCUUUAAGUUAUUUAGACUGACGACCUGGAAGCCCGGCCCGCACCUACAGGGUGGCAGGAGAAGCUGCCUUCAACAUGGCUGAUGCUCAUUCGACCCUUUAAAAAGCUGCAUUUUUGGUUCUCUUCAACAAA